AUGUCACAACGUCAAGAUAUCUACAGCGAAUAUGGUGUUAACGAAGCUUAUCAAGUUGAGCCACUUGAUGUAGGCAAUGUCUAUUUCCAUGACUAUGAGCCUGAUGAUGACUACAACGAAUUCACCACUGUUGUCCCAGUUUCUUAUGAAAAUCUAAACAAUGAAGAUGAAGCUGUGGUGAAGCGAAGGAGCUACACUAGAACUAAAAUUCCUUUUUAUGGAGAAACUACGCAUCGCUCACAGUACACAUGGAAAGAUCCGAUUUGCAAUAGAUCU